AUGGCUAAUCCAUUUUUACUCCGUUUAGCUUUCACCUUUUACCUUGUUAUUUUCACGUCUGUAGUUUCUUGUGAUGAUUAUUCAGAUAGACAAGGCCAUUUAAAACCCCUUGGCCUAGCAGGAUCGAUUAGUGACAUUGAAUAUUAUGGUGGUUUUCCAUCGUUACAAACCUUCUUCAAAGAAUAUUAUUACAAAAGUAAACCUUUGGUCAUGAAAGGCGCUGCUAAACUAUCGCCAGCUUAUAAUCUGUGGUCUGACGAUUACUUUCAAUCUAUUCCUGAUAUUUCUGACUCAAAAGUUGCAAUAGAGCAACCGAAAGAUAAAAGCCUUGCAUUAAAUGUCACAUCAGGGACAUUUAAAGAAUUUCUCUCGCGAUACAAGACAACCAGAGAAUAUUUAGUGGAUAAGGUGCCGUCAUUUUUAAGGAAGGAUGUUUACAUGCCUGCAUGCAUAUCUUGCGAUGCCAUUGACUACAUUGAAGAUAUCCUAUGGUUUAGUAAUGGCGGCACAAAAUCUACUCUUCAUACAGAUAGUAUGGAAAACCUUAAUUGUUUAUUCCGUGGUUCCAAAGAUUUAAUCCUAUUUGAUAAAUCGUAUCCUGAAAAAGAUAUCAUAGACGUUGAACUGGGCCAUUAUUCCAGCGUCGAUGUCGACAGGUAUCAUCAAGUUCGGUCGUUCAAUUAUAAUUUAGCCGUCAAUGUCUGGUUUAAACAUUAUGAUCAACCAAUCAACUUGAGCUCCUGUAAUAGCAAACCUAACAGAAAUGUCCCCCUUGAUCAAUUUCAAUUUAUUGGAAUGAACAAUUAUGAUGCUUCUCUUGGAAAUACUGAAGUGGUUGAAGAAGAAUAUGAAGUUCGUGAAGACGAAAUGCCACAAGAAAACAGCUUUGCGGAUUUCUUCCUGGAUUCACUAGGCGAUAAAGACGAAAUUGGCUUAGAUGCUUUUAUUACCUACAUGCGAAAAGAGACUGCUCGAUUAACUAGUAUAAACGAUGAAAAGCGAUAUAAAGAGGUUGCUAAAAUUUCUAGCAAGAUCUUCAAAAAGCUUGAUAAAAAUGGCGAUAACCAGUUAAGUUUAGAAGAAAUAGACAAUAUAUCGAGUCAGAUAUCAAAACCAGAUGGAGAAAAUCAAGUCAAUAACGAUCACUUGCAAGGUCACGAGGAGCUCUAG